GAAGUGCCGUGACCUACUUACGGGCCCUGACCUUUGAAAAACGGGUGUGUUUGCUGAAAUGCGCGGCCGCGAUAUUCGUCUUAAACUAGCAUUUCUUGUAAUGCGUGCCAUCGCACUGGCGUUAUGCACCAGAAAUAUCUUGACAGACGGUUGCUCGGUCCAGUAUCGUUAUAUCACCCAGUCGACCUUUGUAUGAUGAUAGUAUUAACUGUGUCAGCCGGUAAGAUCAGCUGUGUGAUAUUCGAGACUAAGGAACGUCCGAAAACGAUAAAAUUCACAAUCCAGAUCACGAUCCUAAAAUAAUGAUGCCCUGAGUAGACGCACGCCCGUGGAAAUCGUCUGAUAUCCGUUUUUGCACACAGAUCUAAGUUGACAAGUGUCGAGUGCAAUAUUCUGAACUCGAAAAUGUAGAAAUUGCAGUCAUGCUAUUGUGUUGCAAAGGGAGUUGUGUGCAAAAUAUUCAACAACGUUCGGCCAUAUUCUGAGAAGAAUCUACAUUUCAGAGAAAAGACAUGGGUCGCUACUCUGGUAAAACAUGUCGCUUGUUGACCAUGCUGGGUCUCACUGGAGCAUUCUUCCUGGUGGAGAUCAUCGUAGGCUACAUCACCAACUCCAUCGCCCUUGUGGCAGACUCCUUUCACAUGUUGUCUGAUGUUGUGGCAUUAAUCGUGGGAUUUUCCUGUGUUAGGAUUGCACGUUGGCCGAGUGAGAAGAAUACCUUUGGCUGGAUCCGCGCUGAAGUUCUGGGGGCCCUUGUCAAUUCUGUGUUUCUCCUUGCGCUGUGUUUCUCUAUCCUGGUGGAAUCCCUCAAACGAUUGGUCCAGGUUGAGGAGAUCGAUGACCCCAAGCUGAUGCUGAUUGUUGGGGUGUGUGGUCUCGUGGUGAACCUCAUUGGUCUGGCUUUAUUUCAUCAACAUGGUCACUCCCACGGAGGAGGCAGUCACAAUCAUGGUGGAGGGGGUCACACUCACCACGGUCAUGACAGUCACGACGAACCAAGUACCGAGAAUGAGAAACUUGUUACAAAGCAAAAUAUCAUCAAUGGCCUCAACACUCAGGAUGGGGAAGGUGAUAUGGAUGUACAGAUAGAGAUAGAAAGCAGCAAACCCAAAGUUGUUUCCCAAUCCCAGCUGAACAUGAGAGGGGUGUUCCUCCACGUGCUGGGAGACGCCCUAGGGUCUGUCAUUGUCAUCAUCAGUGCCCUCGUCAUCUGGUUUGUGGAGGGAGACUGGAAGUAUUAUGUGGAUCCAGUUAUGAGUGUCCUGCUAGUAAUCAUCAUCAUUAGUACAACAAUUCCACUUUGUAAGUAUGAUGACACGCUUCUCCUGGUGGUGUAUCAUACCCAGAUCUGUUCUACAGAAGAGUCAUGGCUUCCUGGAGUUGUGGCAAUCCACGAGUUCCAUAUUUGGCAGCUGGCUGGAAAUCGCAUCGUGGCAACAGCUCAUGUCAGCUGCCACAAUGUAGAGGAUUACAUGCAUCUCGCCAGCCGGGUGAAGGAAAUCUUCCAUGAUGAAGGAAUACAUUCCACAACCAUCCAGCCGGAAUUUAUUGAGUCCGGGCACAGCAUUAUGAACAAACCCAGCUGUGUGAUCGAGUGCAAUCCCGGCAACAACUGUAUUGGGGACACGUGCUGUGGCAAGACAAGCAAGACGAGUACCAAGAACUCUAGUCCAAAUGGCAAGGACAGACAAACUCCAAGUCAGAGUGAACCCUUACAAAGCCAGAGUGAACCCAUCCAAGACAAGAGUGAACCCAUCCAGAGCUCAAGUAAACCAAUCAGAAGCCAGAGUCAAGAACAAGUCGACAAAGAUGUUCCUGUUUAGUUGAUACAGAGAAAACAUUGGAGAGACUUUCAUCAUUCCUUCCAUUGUGAACCACAGCACUGGAGAAGGGUGUGUUGCUGGUGAUUUCUUCUAGAUAAGCAGAAGUAUUUUGUGUAUUUUUUACUCAUCAGGUCGAAAGGUCAAGGUGAGCCAAAGGCAUUUUCUUUUCCCUGUCUGUGAACUUUUGACCUCUCUGAGCUCUCUAAAUGAUUGGCCUGAAACUUAAUGAAGGUUUAUGUAUGCUGUAAAAUAAUUUAAAGAAAUACAAUGUGCAAAAUCUUCUACAAUACACUCUAUCACAGUCACCACAACAUCUCGGAAUCUGAAAUAUUGAUGUCAUGUAAGGCAACUGACAGGUUCAGCUUUCUUCAUGUCAAUAAUAAUAUUUGGAUAAUGUUAAUUCUUGGAGAAGUUUCAUCUGAAAGAUCACAAGCACCAGAGUGUAACGGUUUUGGAGGAUAUUUUGUUUAAAACUGUGACUUACUAUUGUGUUUAAAAAAUGAUGACCUGACCUCAUGAUUAACAAUAAGCUCAAUAUGAUUGUUGAUGGUUAGGGACAUAACCACGUUGCUAUUUUUGUACGUCAGUGUGUAUGCUCAUUACACAGUUACUAUCAAACUUUUCAAAUGCUAAAUAGCAAAUGACAACAUGAGUGAAGUCAAGCAAUGGGAUGUGAUUGUUUUUGAUUUUGUGCCAAUUGACGUAGAAUUUUGGUUAAUAUUUCAUGUUUUGAAGAAACAGUAUAUAUAUUCAUCUUCAUUCAUGUAUUAAUCAAACAAUCCUGCCUCAUACUCAAGGGGUUACAUUGUUGUAGAACUCUGUAGAGUUUUAUCCUUUAGACAGGACAACUGUCUGUGCAGAGUUUCGUCCCUUUGGCUAGAAAAGAUACUUAGCAGAGUUGCUUCCUUCAGGCAUGACAAUUUGCAGUACAGAGUUACAUCCCUUAGACAGGAAAGCUUUAUCUGCAGAGUUACAUCCCUUAGACAGCACAGCUUUAUCUGUGGAGUUGCAUCCCUUAGACAGGACAGCUUUAUCUGCAGAGUUACAUCCCUUAGACAGCACGGCUUUAUCUGCAGAGUUGCAUCCCUUAGGCAAGCCAAGUUUCCUCACAGUUACAUCCCUUACACAGGACAACUUGUAUCCCUUAGCUAUCUGGAUCCUCUGGUUAUGGUUAUGACUCCCAUAUUCCCUGAUUACGAUCCUCAGCUUGUCAGUAUUAUAGCCUAGCUCGAAGGUUUAUGUCUGUGGCCAGUAAUAAAGCUUUCCUGCUUUAUUAGUUGUGACCUUGAAACCAACUUGAUCAACUGGAACUCAAAAAUGAACUUCAGGGACAAAAUCAUGGUAAUGGUUGCCGUUGUACAAAACAAACUUGACUAACUUAAGUCUAUGUUAAGGGACCGUUCAUAAUUUAUGGCCGGGGGGUGUGGGGGUGAUGAUGAUUUUUGUGGAGAAGCAUGUACAAUGUGAAUCCCCCCCCUAAAAUUUAUGUACAAAGUAAGUGACCCCACUGCAUGUCAUGUAGAAAUGAAUGACCCCCCAACCCCUUCCAAUAUCUU